AUGAGGAAGGUUUAUGAUUUACCUAGGAUAUCCUGCUUCUUGGUCUUAGUUGGGUUAAUAUUGGGUAUUGAUAUCUCAUCCAUGGCUGUAUUUAUAAGUUCAGAUUACUUCAAUGAAUAUUUUAAUCAUCCAAACCCUUUUGAGCAGGGUAUGGUGUCUGGAGCACACCCAAUUGGUGGGUUGACAGGCUGUAUUUUAUUUGCGUAUAUGGGGGAAAGAAUAAGUCGUUUAGGUUGCUUCAGAUAUUUCUCAUUUAUAUGGAUAGUUGGUUGUGUUAUCUCUGUUCUUGUAAUUGAUAUUUACAUGGUUGCAAUUGGCAGGUUUGUAAAGGGUGUUUCCGUUGGAGCAUUGUCCGUGGUUGUAUCCGUAUAUCUAUCCGAAGUAUUCCCUCCGAACAGAAAGGGUAUAGCAACAGCUAUAAUACAGCUCACCUUGACUUUUGCUAUUUUCCUAAUGUACAUGAUAUGUUGGACAUUCAAUCGAUUUAACAACCAUCUUGCAUUCCGCAUUUCAUGGGGUCUAGAGGUACUCCCAGCUUUAGCAGUGAUAGUGGGUACAUUUUUCAUUCCAGAAUCCCCUAGAUGGUUUGUGAUGAAGGGACAGUAUAAUAAAGGACAAGAGCUUCUUUCAAGAUUAAAUCGUGGAUCUAAAUUAGAAUUUAAUAGGCAAGCGAUUUUAAACAUGUACGGGAACACAGCAAAAGCCAGAUUCAGAGACCUAAUAAAGCCACCUUAUAUAAAUCAAAUGUUUAUGGGUAUUAUUAUUCAGACUUUAGUUCAAUUUACUGGAAUCAAUGUGGUGAUGUAUUAUUUGAUAUACAUUUGCGAGAUGGCUGGAUUAGAAGGUAAAGAUAAAAUGAAUGCUGCUAGCGUUCCAUAUUUGUUGAACAUAUUAUUUACAUUUCUCCCAUUGAACUUUCUAGAUAGAGUUCAAAGGAAAGCCCUUAUAAUAUAUGGCUCAUUUAUUUUGUCAAUUGUGAUGAGUCUUAUAGGUUUCACUAUGUGGUUUUAUGGAACUGAUGUUAGUCCUAUAAAUGGGAACCCAGCUUUAGUAUGGAAACUAGAUCCAAGAGGAGGUGAGAUGACUAUUGUUCUAUGCUUUGUAUUUGUAUCUGUAUUUGCGAGCACAUUAAGUUGUGCAGGUUGGCUAUAUACUAAUGAGAUACUACCUAGUGAUAUCAAGACGAAAGGGCUAUCUGUUUGCAUGGGCUUUAGUUGGGUUUUUAACUUUUCAUUGACAUUUUUAUCGCCUUUAAUGAUGUCCACUUUGAAGUGGGGCACUUUCCUCAUGUUUGGAACUGUGACAUUCCUACUUACGCUGGUUGUUUGGUACAAUUUCCCGGAAACUUUAGGAUUGAGUUCUCAGGAUAUAAUAGAUAUGUUUAAUGAAAAAUCCAAGAAAAACAUAGAGCAUGAUGAUAUUUCAUCAGAAAAUAAACUCAAGGGGAAGCCACCCCCAAUUCCUCAAGAUCAUUCGUCAGAUACAGCUGACAUUAUUGAGAGAAGUUAUCGAUCCGCAGCCCCACCUCCUGAAUCAAUUGAGGAAGUGCAAGAAAAAGUGCGAGAAAAUAAGACUAAACAACGAGAUAUAUACUUAGAUGGUCAAAAUGGCGAUCUUGGAGAACAAAAGCCUGUAUUAAGUCCGUCUGAAGAAGAUACUAUGAUAACUUUGACUGCAAUAAGUAGUGACCUUUCUGGCAUGUCCGUUAAAGUUAGUGGUACUGGACCGGAAAGCAGAGUUGAUCCGUACAGUGUAUAA